CUGCGCUCCGUAGUGGGGCGGAUGUGACGUACGGCACGUCUGUCGUUGGCUUCCGGGCGAGGCGCUACCGUCUUCGCUGCCCCCCGGGACAGGGUUCUUCACCCUCCCCAGACCUGGAGGGGGAGGACUGCAGUGGGGUCCCCUCUCCCACUUCCCAGGCUAGCAGGGGAGCAGCCGCCUGGGCUGACAGCUGGAGCCCCAGUCACGCCCGGGGUGACUGACAGGAUUUCAAGACUCCUGCUGGAAGCAAUGCAGCCCCUCGAGGUCAGGUCUGUGUUUGAGGCUGCCCAGGAUCCCACCUUCCUGCAUGGCCUCUCCCUCGUCAAUUGCUCUUCAGAGGACCUGCUGUCCACAGACUGUUAUGCCAAAACGCAAGAGAAGCCAGUGGUGGCCGAUGGGGAGGAGAGAGCCCAAGGGGUCCCAGAGAUAUCGGACCGGAUGUGCUGCUCAUCCUGCUCCCGGGUGUUUGACAGCAGGGAGGAGCAGACUGAGCAUUACCGCCUGGACUGGCACCGCUUUAACCUGAAACAGCGUUUACUGGGGCGCCAGGCACUCACAGCAGAGGAGUUUGAGGAGAAGACCCGUGCAGGUGACGUCUCCAGCAUCUCUGGGUCCGAUUCUGAUGACUCCGAUUCAGGCAGCGAGUCCGAUCUGCUCCCUCCCCGAGACCACAUGGACCCAGGGAGCAGCCAGCAGAGCCUCCGCCCAGGCAUCCGCUCGGCUAAGGUCCUGUUCCGCAACUCCCAGGGCCAGCUGCUCUCCGCCUACCGCUGUGUGCUGGGCAGUAAGAAGGGCGGUGGUGAGCAGCAGGCAGAGCUGGUGGCAUCUCUGCAGAGCAUGGGCGCAGGAACCUGUUGGGUUAUCCUGAUGACAGGCGGUGGACACUUCGCAGGAGCCGUCUUCAGGGGGCCUGAGGUGCUGGAUCACAAGACCUUCCACCGGUACACGGUGCGUGCCCGCCGGGGCACGGUGCAAGGAGUGCGCGAUGCCCAGGGCCAGGCCUCCAUGCCCAAAUCGGCCGGCGCCUCGCUGCGGCGGUACAACGAGGCAGCUCUGCUCAAGGACAUCCAGGACCUACUGGCCAGCUGGGUGCAGCAUCUGCAGGGAGCCCAGCACAUCUUCCUGCGUGUCCCCUGUGCCAACCGGGCACUGCUCUUCAGUGGCAGGAACCCCCCUCUGCACAAGGACGACCCCCGCAUCUGCAACAUCCCCUUCAGCACCCGCAGAGCCACCUUCAGGGAGGUGUUGCGGGUGCACGCGGCCCUGGCCACCCUGCAGGUGUAUGGGAAGGACACAGUGGUGGCGGAUCUUGUUGGCUUCCCCCGGAAGGGCUGGAGGAAAGUGCCAUGUGCGCGGGUGGAAGAGCCCCAGCAGGGUGACGCCAGCUCCCCGUCGGAGGAGGAGGAGGAGAGCCAGGCUGGGGAGCUGGAGAUGGUGGACGUGACGCUGAGCACCCUGCAGCUCCGGGAGUUUGAGGUGACACCUAAGCGAAGCCACAAGAAGAGGAGGAAGAAAGACAAAGUGGGGAGAGAAACACCCCUGGGCCAGCUCCGCGACGCCUUGUUCACGGCCUGCAAGACGGGGGACGUGGGGAUGCUGCGGCGCCUCCUGGGUGUGGCAGAGAGCGGGGCACCCCCAGCAGGCAGCGAGGAUGGUGCCAUGGGGCAGUCCCAAGGCCACCCUGGCAGGGUGCAGAGUGAGGGCUCGGAGCCCAACCACGCAGUCCCUGGGCUCCUCUCGCUGCUCAGCGAGCCCAUCGACGGGACCGGCUUCACCCUGCUGCACGUGGCGGCUGCGGCAGGGAAGGGGGCGGCUGUCCGACUGCUGCUGGAGGCUGGCGCUGACCCUGCGCUCAGGGACUGGCAGGAGCGGCCCCCGUAUUGUGUCUCUGCCGACAAGUCAACACGCAAUGUCUUCCGCAAGUUCAUGGUGGAUCACCCAGCCAAGUACGACUACGGGCGGGCCAAGGUGCCCGGGCCCCUGACGGCGGAGAUGGAGGCCAGGCGGCUGGAGAAGCAGCGGGCACAGAAAACGCAGCGGAAGCAGCGGGCACAGGAGCUGAGGGAGCAGCAGCAGCGGCUGGCGCAGGAGCAGGAGGAGAAGCAGCGCUUUGCGGCCCUGCCAGACCGAGAGAAGAGGGCCCUCGCUGCUGAGCGGAGACUGGCUGCCCAGCUGCAGGACACAGGCGUGGCUCUCGCCAACACCAGGCGCUGCUGGCAGUGUGGGGAGUCCCUGCUGGGCCGGAUCCCCUUCCACUACCUUGACUUCUCCUUCUGCUCCACGGCCUGCCUGCAGACUCACCGCCGGGGCCGUGCCGGCCCCCCCUAGCGCCCGCACCGCCAGGAAGGCAGGGGGCUGCCACGCACAAGGGGGCGUGUGUGGAAACGGACAGUCACCUCCUGCCUGCUGUGUGCUGGGGGAGGGGGAGAGGGAGAGGCACUGGGCACUCCCGGGGGGGCUGAGCCUCCUUCCCAGCCCAGGGGGCAGCCCUCUGCCUCGAGGGGAAGGGGAUCAGAGCGCAGGCUGGGUUGAGUGGGGGGACAAGCACCACCCCUGGG